AUGAGCGGUGCGGAUACAGCGCCGAUAGAGCGCAAGCAGCGUCUGGAAAAUGCAUAUGGCCAAAUUGCGCACAAGCCGCCGAUACCCGAGAUUGAUUUCACGGUCUAUACGACGGAUGAGGGUGAGCAAGUGUCAACGCAGGAGCGCAUCAUCAAGGAAGUGCAAGCGCCGGCAUUUCACAAACCAACGCCGGAGCAAUUCUGGAGCAAAAAAGACCCCUCUAAGCCCGAUAUACAGUUUCUCAAGAACCACUUUUAUCGCGAAGGACGUCUCACGGACGAGCAGGCCAAAUACAUUCUGACCAAUGCGACAGCGAUUUUGCGUGCAGAACCAAACCUGUUGGAGCUGGACGCGCCAAUCACUGUUUGUGGUGAUAUCCAUGGCCAGUAUUACGACUUGAUGAAGCUAUUCGAAGUGGGCGGAAACCCCGCCGAGAUGCGUUACUUGUUUUUGGGCGACUAUGUGGACCGCGGUUACUUUUCUAUUGAGUACUCGGAAGAGAUUUACGAGCUCUGUAUGGAAUCUUUCUGUGCCCUUCCUCUCGGUGCUGUGAUGAACAAGCAGUUUCUUUGCAUCCACGGUGGUCUUUCCCCCCAGCUGCAGACGCUGGACGACUUGCGCAUGAUUAAUCGUUUCCGCGAGCCCCCGACGCACGGUCUGAUUUGCGAUUUGCUCUGGGCAGACCCCUUGGAAGAGUUUGGCCAGGAGAAGACGAAUGAAAACUUUGUGCACAAUCAUGUGCGCGGCUGUUCCUACUUUUUCACAUACAAUGCCGCGUGCCAGUUCCUCGAGCGGAACAAUUUGCUUUCGAUCAUCCGCGCUCACGAGGCACAGGAUGCUGGCUACCGCAUGUACAGGAAAACUAACUCGACCGGCUUCCCCUCUGUGAUGACAAUCUUUUCUGCGCCAAAUUACCUGGAUGUGUACAACAACAAGGCUGCGGUACUUAAGUACGAAAACAACGUAAUGAACAUCCGCCAGUUUAACUGCACACCGCAUCCCUACUGGCUUCCGAACUUUAUGGACGUAUUCACCUGGAGUCUGCCGUUUGUGGGCGAAAAGGUGACGGAUAUGCUCAUGGCAAUCCUGAACAUUUGCAGCAAGGAGGAGCUAGAGGAGGAGGAGGAGGAAGAUCGGUCCUUGCUCGGCAAAAAGCCCUUGCCGACACCGGCGAUACCGAAUGUCGAAUUGAAUGGAAUGCGCGAGCCGUCCGAGAAUCCGUUUGCAGAGCUGCCAGAGCGGCGCAUGGUGAUCAAAAACAAGAUUCGCGCCGUGGGCCGCAUGUCGCGUGUAUUCGCUGUCCUCCGCGAGGAGGCCGAGCGUGUCUCAGAGCUCAAAGAUGCUACUGGUACUGGCAAACUGCCCUACGGUACGCUCGCGCUCGGGUCCGAAGGCAUCAAAAAUGCCAUCCACAACUUUGACGAGGCGCGCAAAGUGGACAUUGAAAAUGAGCGCCUCCCCCCUACAUUGUUCGACAACUCUGGAAACAGCACUCCGGAUCGAAUGGCACAGGCCCCCGCGAUCCCCGACAAGUUCGCCGCAGCCCAGUUUCAUGGAUCGCGCAAGCCUGGCUUUCAUACGCCGCCGCAGCACCUCCGCCGCCAUGCGUACACGGGCUCGUUGGGCACGACCAUGUCGUCACCUUCAAACAGGCGCCGCUCUCUCGAGACCACCGUGAGUAUGAUCAAGGAGGCACUGGAGCACAACGAAGGCCAACGCUGA